AAAUGCUGUCGCGGGUCUGACGUCAUCACCCGGAGGUACAGCAGCUAGCAGCGGGUUCAGAGUGGAGCAGUUCAGAGGCUCCGGGCCAAGUUUAAAGCUCGGUUUGACCCACAUUUAGCCCGCUUCUAAACCGGAAUUCAGAGGAGGAGGGUCGAGCUGAGCCGAGUUUAAACCAGUCAGGCGCGUUUUAGAGAAGAGUUCGUGUUUAACUCGCCAGCCGGGCGGAAAGUGUCCAAAGUCCGUGUCCAUCCAUGUAGGCCACCGGGAGCUCCCUCCGGUCUCACCUGGAUCAGGUUUGCGAGGCUCUGAGCGGCGAGGGUUCGUGGACGUGGAUGGCGGCGCAGAGGGGCGGAGACGACCCGGUCUCGGAGUACCUGCAGCAGAACCCGCAUUUGGCGGGGUGGGUGGACUCUCUGAGGGGCUUCUGUGAGACCAGCAAGCAGUGGUCCGCGCGGAGGGAGUUCAUCCUGCGGAACAUGGAGGGGCAGGGGGUCCCCGCCGCGCAGCCCGGAGCCCACAGCCCCAGCCUGGACAGCCUGCUGUCCCUGUCCAUGGUCUGGGCCAACCACGUCUUUCUGGGCUGCAGUUAUCCUCCCAGUGUCAUGGACAAGAUCAAGGAGAUGGGGGAGGGCAUUGCCGUCCAGGACGCUCCCACCCACAAGACCACAAAAGCCAAAGGAAAGCGGAGCGCUGGAACAGAAGGUGAGAGCGACAGCUACGUGAAAAGAAACAAAGGUGGGACCAAUGAUUUAGAAGCCCGGUCUUCUGGGAGGACGGCGGUUCGGCCUUCCAGCCAGAAGUCAGCCCCGCCCCCACAGGCCCCGGCAGAGCACCAGCCCUUCUUUAACCGCCUCUAUAAGGCCGUGGCGUGGAAGCUGGUGUCGGCAGGUGGCUUUGGCCCCAACCUGGACCACUUUGAAGUCCUGCGCAGCUGCGUGGAGUCGUGCAAACAAACUCUGACGUGCGUAUUUGUACCGCUGAAGGACAUCACGGGCCUCCCCGCAGUGCGUGCCCAGAAGGAGGGUCACGUGUGCGAACUCCGCUGUCUGACGGUCUACAUGGGCACCGGCUAUGGCCGCGAUGAGUCCGCCGCCCGGGCCAUGGCCUCCAAAGAAGCCUUGAAAGUCUUUCAGGGGAGGAAAGUGACGGUGAAGAUCUGCAGGCGGAGGUUCAGGGGCAGAGACGUGGACGACCUGAUGCUCCUGGACGAGCAGCCACGAAGCCAGGGCUUCCCCCCCGCCCUCAGCUACCCGUUCCAGGAGGAGCAGCUGGAGGGGGGCUCUCCACAGAGGAGCACUGUGUGACUGCGGCCAGCCUCCAAAUCCUCAUUCCAUAACUCCUUCCAUAUUCCAGACACCACACUGCCCCCCUGCCCCUUGAGGAACCCACACAGCAAAAUGAUUUUAAGAGUCUGAGUCUGGGAGACGGAAGGUGCUGCUUUUCUUUUUAUCAAUCUUUUAUUUGCAUCGCCAUGAACAGAUCAGCGAACAGCUGGAGGAGCAGCACCGCUGCCAGGAUGAAGAUUCUCUGCCCAAGCCUCAUAGCAACAAAAACCUGCGUCCUUGUGGGAUUUAUUUUCACCUCAAGUCCUAAUCUUAAAGGUUCAGUUUCCUGUAACAGACGAAACGCGUUUGUUUCUGCUGCAGACAUGAAGGCUUUACAGAUGCGAGUGAAGGUGUCCUGCUCUCCUGGCCCCUCCUCCCAAACGGUUCGGGUGUUCCCGUCAGCCUGUUCUUCAAAACGGACACGUCUGCUGCUGCGAGGAGCGGUAGAGUCUGUCCGCUCACGUUUUCUAGUUUUGGAGUGAAGAGCCUUUGAGGCCGCAGGAGCUGCAGCUCUCUGCUCUGGAGUUCCCUCUGCUGUUGUGUUUUCAGAUGCUCAUGACAUCUUCUUGGCGAUUCAAGUCACUUGGUGCUUUCCAAGUGUGCGCCGCUGAACUGUGAGUCAUUACUGAUGGUCACUCUAGUCAAAGCAGCAGUGACAUUCAUGCAGCCCCGCCCCCAGCUGAGCCUGACCUCCGCUCAAAUAAACGGCACACCUGCAGCCUUUUCCAGCACAGCAGACCCGUCAUGCGGCGUUUUCCUUCUUUAGUCACGACGCAGGCGGAGGUGAGAGCCAGCCCGCUCUUCCUGUUUCCAUGCAUCUGGAUAUUUGGGACACACACACACAUACACCCACACACACACCCACACACACACCCACACACACACACACACACACACACCCACACACACACACACACACCCACACACACACAGCUGCAAUCAUAGUUUGUUAAAGAGCAUUUCUGGAACACACCAGCAGGAGGCAGCAUGUCUCGUUUAUUCAUCAGUGAAGAGUUUUAUUGUUUGUGUUUCUGAUGUUUUUGUCUCAAACAUUAAGACCAUAACAAUCACAACCAAGGUCAACGUGUAACACACUGAGAUUAAAAUCUGAUUUGCAUUUAAUUUAAUCUGUUCACUCUGUCUGAGAUCACCUUUGUUGUAAUCUGAUGCUUAAUAAACCGAAUUGAUCACAUUUAAAGGA